UUAAGAAGUCACGACGCUUCGUUUUUUUCGUCUCUUCUCAAAUCUGUUGCCCGCAACUUCCCGACGACCGUCCCCCUAUCCUUCUUCCUCACCGUUGCCUUCAACGGCAUCAACGCCGUCCUCUACAACCUUGAUGUCGCCUCCCUUGGCCACCGCGCCCCUCCAGCGCAGACGAUUGGUCGCCUGAUGGAACCUGCGCCCCGGAAGAAACCACGUAGCGGCAGCAUCUCUGCCCGGAAGAACCCCUAUGGCAACGGUAACACCGCCCAGGAAAAAAACCUUGGCAGGAGUCCAAAAACCUUAGCCGAGUUGAUAGUUAUUCCAAAACUCAAGGCAACUCCUAAAAACGAACGAAGCGAAGUUCAGUCAAAGACGGAGUCGAAAGGAAAAGACCUGUCGGAUCAGUUGAUGGGCUAUUCCUACUCAUUCCUUUACCCGUUACCGAUCCUACUAUCGCAAAUACACUCAUUCCUUGGUACUAGCGGGCUCGUUCGGACUGCCGACGGAGAUUGGGUUGCCCAUUUUCAGUUUUCGAUUUCCGAGAAAGUCUCCAGCGUAGACCGAAAUGGCAGAAGCGCUCUGGCGUGGCUGCCGUUGAAGGCGGUGGAAGCCUGUGAGCACGAGGCCAGAGGCGUGGUUGCCGGUGGUGGAUUCAUUGUGGUGGCGGCAGCAGAACUCCGGCGUGAGGUUGGAGGAGCAGGUGACGACAAGCGGGUAGUCAGCCGCGGUGGGAGCGCCGAUGGAGGGGACUCCGGCGAGCGAUGGAGUGGAUCGAUGAAGACGACGGUCAAUGGAUGCUGGCAGGCAGGACGAUACGGUGGUCUUUUCCGGCGGGUGUGCACUAUGACACCGCGGUUGCCGGAGAAGCCAAAAUCCGUCAGAGGGAGUUGCGGUCGGCGGCAAUGUGGGCGGACUAAGGGUGGAGGUUGUGCGGUGAUGUGGGCGGAGACAGGCUGGAGGUCGGGUGACGAUGUAAGGCCGAGCCGGUGGAGGUCGGGCCGCCGGCGUGUUGUUGUGUCAUUCCCUAAGAAGAAGAAGAAGAAGAAGAAGAAGAAAGAAAAUAAACAAACUCCUUUGGAAUGUAUUAACGUAUUUUUGGAAUUCAGAGUUAUCAGGUCAUUCCCUAAGAAGAAGAAGAAGAAGAAGAAGAAGAAAGAAAAUAAACAAACUCCUUUGGAAUGUAUUAACGUAUUUUUGGAAUUCAGAGUUAUCAGGUCAUUCCCUAAGAAGAAGAAGAAGAAGAAGAAGAAGAAAGAAAAUAAACAAACUCCUUUGGAAUGUAUUAACGUAUUUUUGGAAUUCAGAGUUAUCAGGUCAUUCCCUAAGAAGAAGAAGAAGAAGAAGAAGAAGAAAGAAAAUAAACAAACUCCUUUGGAAUGUAUUAACGUAUUUUUGGAAUUCAGAGUUAUCAGGUCAUCUUCUCAACUAAAACCUAACAAUAAAAUUCUCCAAUCGUCCUUAGUCUCCUCAAGGCACCUUGGACAAACUCUGUCAGUGGAGAUGACGGAUCUGCGAGUAGGGAUUCAGACCAUACACACGUUCGACUUUGGGAGCAGGAUGAGGUUGCUGAAUUUCAGAAAUCCGGUGGGACCGAAGCCGUCUAGAGCGACGACGACGGCGAAGGCGGCGGCG